AUGUCUUCGUCGAAUUGUAUUUUCUGCAAAAUAGUAAACAAAUCCUCGCCAGCGGACAUCAAAUUCGAAAACGACGAAAUUUUGAUAUUCAAAGACAUAAAACCAGCAGCGAUCCAUCACUACCUCUCAAUACCCAAGGAGCACAUAGCAAACGUGAACAGUUUGAACUCGCCUGAACAUAAAGGACUAUUGGAUAGAUUGCUAGCCGAAGGUAAAAAAGCUGUAGAAGAUCAAGGGGGAGACGUGAAUGAUUUGAGACUGGGUUUCCACUUGCCUCCGUUUAAUACAGUGGGGCAUCUACAUCUACACGUAAUUUCUCCGGCCAGUAGCAUGGGACUCAUGCAUAGAAUCAUGUUUAAGCCUCACACUCUUUGGUUUUCAUCUGUGGAGCAGAUCUAUGAAAGGUUGGAGAAAAUUAUAGAAAUCAAUAACAAAUUGUAA